AUGGUCGUUGAUUUGCGCUACUACCGUGAAGCAGGCCCAAUUAUGGCCUGCAUUGCUGGAAAGGCAUAUAUGAAAUUGAUGGGAGGAUACGACUUUCCGGGAUCAAACUCUUCCAUCGACUUACACGCCAUCACCUCGUGGAUUCCAGAACAUAUGUAUCUCAAUGGUAACGAUUUUCAACGGGAGAAGAGCUGGAAACGGAUUUACGAUGGAUUCAUUAACGGCAAAGCAUUACUUACUCUCGGCACUGGGGAGACGGUGACUAGCGAAGAUCGAUGGAAAGACAUUCUGAUUGCUGCACAUAACUAUGCUAUCGUGGGUCUUGAAGAUGAUGGCACAACGCAAAAUCUCAAGGUGCUGAAUCCAUGGAGGCGCACAGAUGCAAGUCAAGGCGGUGGCUGCUUACCAUUUCGUGGGGCCUGCAUCAAACCAUCACUACCGUUUGAGGCAGGCGGAUUACCUCGUGCGGACCAAGUCCCAAACAAAAUUCGAAUCAAAGACACGCCAUCGGACGAAAUUAUUUCUCUCAUCGCGGCUCGAGAUGGGAGUGGUCCCGAAACCGGGUAUACCCUCUCCAUAUACUCUCAUGCGAAGAUCGAGAUUGAAGCCAUCACCAAGGUUCUUGGAUAUAUAAAAACCGCGAAGGGAAAUUUCACCAGCAAGAGUGCAGGUGGUAAUGCAUCACUCCCCACGUUCAUGAAUAAUCCACAAUACCGUGUUCGUAUCGGAAAUGGAACUGAAGGAGGUAGCAGAGGGCGUGUGCCGGUGAAACUAACAGUUGAAGGUGCACGUACAUUACCGCUCAACAUGAAGCUCGUAUGGUCGGGGGGAAAGAGGGUUUCAGAUGUAGUUGCCGGAGACGUGAUUCUUGACUCUGGCGCAUACAAUUUUGGAUUGGCAUGCACUGAAGGAGAAGUCCAAUCUGGUGAUUAUACGUUGGUUUUGUCUUCGUUCAGAGCUGGACAACAGGGAGAAUACGCUCUUAGAGUUGAAUGUGAUGCGAGUGUAGAAAUCUCUCUGCUUCCCCCGGAAGGAGCGGGUAUGUUUCAUAAAACUGUUAAAGGCGCUUGGGACGCGGCGUCUGCCAUGGGUGGCCCUUCGUCAGGAAAAUACGAGCAUAACCCAACUUUUGAGAUCGCAGUGUCUUCACCGACUCAAGUCAGUGCACGACUUCAAAUCAUUUCUAAGCAACAAUCAUCACUUCCACCUCCGCCUGCAUUGAACUUAACGCUAUUCGAGCGCAAUCCUCAGGGACUACCAGGGAAACAAGUGGCUACGUCUGGCGCAUAUAGUGACGCAGUCUCGGGCGUGAUGCUUCCAGAUACAGCUUUACGACCUGGGAUUAUCUUUUUGUGCCGUCGACCUAUUACCCCAACGUCCUAA